AGUUAAUAUCCAAUGUUGUAAACAUUUGAGCUUUAAAUGAUUAUAAAAAAAAUUAUUUUUAUUAUUAUCAUAAUAUUUUAAGUUGGGUACAGGCAAGUAUUUCAUAUUAGUAAAUGCCAACGGUUUGAAUAGAUUUGUGGUUUGCGAAUAGCAUAGAAUGAAUCUAAAUAUUUUGAAAACUACAUAGGGUACCUAUGUUGCAAGCUAACUGGUACUCGAUCGAGUGUCAAUAAAUUAAUUAUAAGUCUGAAUUCUAUAUUAGAGUAAACUAAUGACAUUAUUUUAGUCCUCAAAUAUUUGGAUAAAAAUAAUUUCUUUAGAUAAGAAACAAAUUAUUGUGACGUGCAAUAAAAGUGCUUUUAAGAAGUCCACUUACAUAUCUAUAAAACACCAGUUUUCAUGUAAGCAUGACUAAUGUUGAAAUUUACAUAUAUUAUGUCUUGGGAAAUAAAUUAACCAUAUAUUAUUUUUUCAAUUUUGAACAAUAUUAUAUUAUAAUAUUUGUUGCCAGGGAGAUAUUCGUUUGGAUGUUUAUAUGACCGAUUACAUAUUAUUUUCAAUCAGUUCAUUUUUUGUCACGAGCCCGUUCCUGAAAUAUUGUCCUUGUCUUCAUAAAUAAAUAUUAUAAUCAUAUUCUAUCACGUUAACGCGAUAUAUAAUACGAUUUAAGAACAGCCUGUUGCAAGCUUUAAGGAGUACCAAACCCAUAGCGUGUCCGUUGAUCCGUUGAACAGACAAGUCAUAUAUAUAGCGGACGACGAAAUACACAAAAUGGAAAAUAAACCAUACACGGUGGACAACACUUCUCUAACAGACAGGCCAAAAUUAGUAUGUGAUGAUUUUAUUAAGGACGAGACGGCUGAAACCACGUUUAUCGUAGGUACACCCGUAGCCAAAAGUGAUGGCGACGGAUUGGAGUCAGCGACGAAUACGGCCCAAUUGACAUUAGUGGUGACCGAACAGAUCGAUUCUCUAGACGAGACGGCUGAAACCACGUUUAUCGUAGGUACACCCGUAGCCAAAAGUGAUGGCGACGGAUUGGAGUCAGCGACGAAUAGGGCCCAAUUGAAGUCAGCGGCGACCGAACAGAUUGAUUCUCUAGUGAGACCAUUUAAAAUCCAGCUUUUAGAUUCACUAACUGAUUGUGAUGAUUUUAUUAAGGACGAGACGGCUGAAACCACGUUUAUCGUAGGUACACCCGUAGCCAAAAGUGAUGGCGACGGAUUGGAGUCAGCGACGAAUAGGGCCCAAUUGAAGUCAGCGGCGACCGAACAGAUUGAUUCUCUAGUGAGACCAUUUAAAAUCCAGCUUUUAGAUUCACUAAGUGAUUGUGAUGAUUUUAUUAAGGACGAGACGGCUGAAACCACGUUUAUCGUAGGUACACCCGUAGCCAAAAGUGAUGGCGACGGAUUGGAGUCAGCGACGAAUACGGCCCAAUUGACAUUAGUGGUGACCGAACAGAUCGAUUCUCUAGUGACACCAGUUAGAAUCGAGUUGUUAAAUUCACUGGCUGAUUGUAAUGAUCUUGUUCCGGACGUGGCGGCAGCCGAUCGCUCGUCUAUAGCUACUAAAGCCAUGGCCGAUGGCGACGGGUUAGAGCCAGCGACGACUACGGCCCAUGUGAAGUCAGCAGCAGAAAACCCCCGGCAAGGUCGUCGUAGAUCAUUCUUGUCGGCAGUGGGUAGGCGGCUCCUCAAAUUUGGAAGAGCGUUAUGCUGCUGUUGUAAAUAAAUUGUGGAGGUACACAGAUACGGUCAUGAGUAGAGCUCGAGGGUAUCUGUUAGCUAACGAGUUGAGAAGACGAAAGUGAUGUAAAAAAGAGAUGCUGACUGGUGUCAUCAAUCCUAAAGUUUGUAAUUUAUUAAAAUUAAUUUGUUCAACUAUCGUUAUGUUUAAAAACUUAUUUAACUUAUAUUAUAAUAAUUGUAAAUUUGCUCAUAUUAUAUUAUAUUAAAUCUUAUCUAUAUAUUGUAUUCAACUAUAAAAUCAUAUCUAUAUAUUGUAAUCAAUAAUUCAAGAGUACAAAAAUUGUAGAUAAUAUUGAA